GCGCCGCCGCCGGGCCCAUUGAGGCGCGCUGCGCGGGGAGCGCUGCGGGAGGCGCCGGCCGGCACGGCACGGGGCUGGGCACGGCACGGGCACGAGGCUGCGGGCCGGAGGGACAGAGGGAAGGGAGAGCGGCCCCCGCGCCGAGCGGGGCAGCCCGGCUCGGCGGCACGUUAAUUGGAUUUCAUUCACGAGGGGAGGAGGAAAAGCCCGAAGGCUCUCGGGCUGCAGCGGCGAUUAGGCAGGUUCAUUCAGGGAUUCAUUGAGAAAAAAAAAAAAAAAAAAAAAAAGGAAAGGGAAGAGUAGAGGAGAAGAUAAGAAAGGAGAGGAGAGCGGGGACAGGCUGGCAGCGCGCACCCAGCAGCACACGCUCGCACCCGCCGGGGCUGCUGCGCCCUCCCCGGGGCUCCGCCGGCGCCCGGCGCGGGGGAGGCGGUGCGGGGGGGCUGCGUGAUUCAUUUCCCUGGGGCGGGGGGAGAUAAGUUGUGGCGAGGCGGAGGGCUGCCGCCUCCCGCCGCCAGCCAGCCGCAUGCCCCUGUGAGAGAGAGGGGCGCUUCCAGAGCCCGCUCCGCGCCCCCCGUCCUUCCUCAUGCUAGAUACGCUCAGACCCGUCCCUUUCGCGUCGGAAAUGGCGAUUAGUAAAUCUGUGGCGUGGCUGAACGAGCAGCUGGAGAUGGGCAACGAGCGGCUGCUGCUGAUGGACUGCCGGCCGCAGGAGUUGUACGAGUCGUCCCACAUCGAGUCGGCCAUCAACGUGGCCAUCCCCGGCAUCAUGCUGCGGCGGCUGCAGAAGGGCAACCUGCCCCUGCGCUCCCUCGUCGCCAGCAGCGAGGAGGACCGGGAGCGCUUCGCCCGCCGGUGCGGCACCGACACGGUGGUGCUGUACGACGAGCACAGCCGCGACUGGAACGAGAACACGGGCGGCGAGUCCGUGCUGGGGCUGCUCCUCAAGCGCCUCAAAGACGAAGGCUGCAAGGCGUUUUAUCUGGAAGGUGGUUUCAGCAAGUUCCAGGCCGAGUUUGCCCUGCACUGCGAAACUAACCUAGACAGCUCAUGUAGCAGCAGCUCUCCUCCGCUGCCAGUCCUGGGUUUAGGAGGGCUCCGAAUCAGCUCUGAUUCCUCAUCAGAUAUUGAAUCUGACAUUGACAGAGACCCCAAUAGUGCCACCGACUCCGAUGGCAGCCCUCUCUCCAACAACCAGCCUUCCUUCCCAGUGGAGAUUUUACCCUACCUCUACUUAGGCUGUGCCAAGGACUCCACGAAUCUGGACGUUUUAGAAGAGUUUGGCAUAAAAUACAUCUUGAAUGUUACCCCCAACCUGCCUAAUCUCUUUGAAAACGCCGGCGAAUUCAAGUACAAGCAGAUCCCGAUCUCUGACCACUGGAGCCAAAAUCUGUCUCAGUUCUUCCCUGAGGCCAUCUCCUUCAUAGAUGAAGCAAGGGGGAAGAACUGUGGCGUCCUGGUGCAUUGCUUAGCAGGGAUCAGUCGCUCGGUCACGGUGACGGUGGCCUACCUCAUGCAGAAGCUCAACUUGUCCAUGAAUGAUGCCUAUGACAUCGUCAAGAUGAAGAAGUCCAACAUUUCUCCCAACUUCAACUUCAUGGGUCAGCUGCUGGACUUUGAGCGGACCCUGGGGCUGAGCAGCCCCUGUGACAAUCGUGUGCCCAACCAGCAGCUGUACUUCACCACCCCUUCCAACCAGAACGUCUUCCAGGUGGACUCCCUGCAGUCCACGUGAGUGCCUGCGGCCUCCCUUCUCCUGUCUGUCUCAUGGGAUCAUUCCUCACUGGUUUCUCUUCGGCAGCGAUCAAGAAGGCGCAGCUUUCUCUUUUUCUGGCCUGCGGUACCAGGCAGUGGCUGCUGGUGCAGGCCAGGAAAGGUUAUGCGGUAUGGAGCAGGCGGCUGCGAUGGGAGGGAUGGCGCUGAGCUCUCUGGGAUGCCCGCGGCGGGCUCGUGGGCGCUCACUGCCUCCCGGCGGGGCAGGAUGAGGCUGGCCGGGGCCAAGCACAUGCUCCCUGGGACCGGAGCUGCCCCGCUCCCCUCUGCGCUUUUGGAUCUGCGGCGUACACUUCUGUCUUCAGUGAAGACUGGUUAUUUUGUUUGUUGAUUGGUUUUGAUUUAGAGGAGCCAAAGAAAGAGAUUUCAGCUUAGUGUAUUUGGAGUACUUGUUUGCCAGGAGCUCAGUAGUAUUCUACUUGAUCAAUGUAAAUAUUUAAUCUUGAGUCGAUUUGUGAUUUUUUUUUUUUUUGAAUUCACAUGUAUUCAAGAGAUCAAUCCAAGGGACAUAUAUGUUUUUGUUCUCUUCAUAAACUCUGCUUUAUUUGUUUGUUCUUUUUUUUUUUUUAAUGAUUAUUAUUGCAAAGAAUAUAUUUGCAGCAUGCUUAAUUUUAUGGUUCAACUGAAGCAAGCUUUCCAUGGGGGAGAUACGGCAAUGGUGAGAAGUUUGUGAGCAAGUACAGUCUCUUCUUUCAUAUAUUUUUCUUUCCCUUGUGGUGUUUUUUUUUUUUUUUUUUCCUCACACUCUUGUUGUAGUUUCCACAUGAUAUAUAUAUUUUUAAAAUUAAAUUAAUUUUUUUGCCUUACCUUUUGUAAAUAGAUCAUCUGGGAGGAGAUCUGUCUUUGAAUGCGAAAGAUUUUUGAUCACUUUUUAAAACUUUCAGAUGUGCUAAAACAGUGCAUUACCUCUGUACAAAUUCUUCAGGGAGCUUCACUUCAAAUGCAAUAUUUUGCGUCUUUUUCUUUCUUUCGUUUUUUUUUUUUUUUUUUGUAUAAAACUGGAAGUAUGUGCGAACAUUUGUACCUGUGUGUACGCACAGUGAACCUGCACAUGGUUGCCAAUAAGGGAGAGUAAUUCAUGGUGUAAAAGUUUUAAGAUGGAAUUUAUUAUAAGAAUGUAAAACCUUAAGUUAUUAAUAAAUAAAUAACUAUUUUUGGCUAUUGAGAA